AUGACUAUCAAUUUUCCACUGAACCGCAAUCCUAGCUCCAGCGAGGCAGACCUCGAGUCAGGAGAUGAUGGGCUAAUGAAGCAAAAGCCUUUGCCUGACAAGCACUCAACACCCGAUAUUGCCAACGCAGAGCUCAGAAACGUCCAAUUCGGCAACGUCCAACGAGAGCUGAAGGCUCGACAUGUCACAUUCAUUGCCCUCGGCGGAAACCUAGGCACAGGCCUAUUUCUCGGUAUUGGACAUGCACUUCGGACUUCCGGCCCUCUGUCACUCUUUCUCGGUUACCUCACUGCUAGUAUCGCUGGUUUCAUGAUGAUGAUGGCUUUGGGAGAAAUGGCCGCCUGGCUUCCUCUCCCAGGUGCAAUCCCCCAAUUUUGUGCUCGAUACGUGGACGACGCACUUGGGUUUGCAGUGGGCUGGAACACCUGGUUCACGGCGGUGAUUACAUUAUGUGCCGAGAUAUCGGCUGCAUGCAGUAUAAUUCAGUUCUGGUCAGGUGCAGACGAGGUCAGUAUUGCCGUGUGGAUUGUGAUUCUGAUCAUAGUCUUGGUGGCCCUGAAUAUCUUUGCUGUCAGUAUCUUUGGAGAAUUUGAAUUUGCAUGUGCAUGUGUCAAACUUUGCGGCAUUAUCGGCCUGCUGCUGGUGACCCUCUGCAUUGACCUUGGUGGUGUACCGGGACAGCCACGACUUGGGUUCCACUACUGGAAAACAGAUGGUAUCAUGAAGGAAUAUAUUGGUACCGGGACCAGUGGUCGUUUCCUUGGAUUCUUCUAUACCUUGGUCAACGCUCAAUUCGCUAUUAACGGCUGUGAGACUGUGAUCGUUGCCGCCGGUGAGGCUGAGAAUCCACGUCGAAAUAUCCCCAGGGCAAUCAAACGCGUCUUUUGGCGGCUUCUGCUCUUUUACGUCCUUGCUGCGCUGGCUAUUGGAAUGGUAUGCCCUAGUAAUAACGUUAAUUUGAUGGGGGGCAGUGGUUCUUCGAGUGCUCAGUCACCUUGGGUUAUUGCGGUCAACCUCGCUGGUAUACAGGCCUUGCCGUCCAUCAUCAAUUCCUUGAUCUUGAUUGCAGCUAUUUCAUCGGGCAACUCCUAUGUAUUUAUGGGGACCAGGUACCUAUAUGCUCUCGCGCUGAAUAACCAGGCCCCGAAGAUCUUCCUUCGCUGUACGAAGAAAGGAAUCCCAAUCUGGUCUCUUCUAGUGACAAUGAGCAUCUCUCUUCUGUCCUUUUUGUCAAUGGGAUCUGGCUCGAGCACAGCAUUCCAGUGGUUCCAAAAUUUAGCCACAGUCGCAACCUUAUACACAUGGUGUUCCAUCUGCGUUGCCUAUAUCCGCUUCCGUGCAGCCCUCAAGGCGCAAAAUGUCGACAAAGCGUCCAUUCCACUCUCAUUCAUUCUCCAGCCUUACUCUACCUAUAUUACACUAGGAUAUCUCUGCAUUGUGGCAUUCUUCAACGGGUUCGAUUAUAUCGCAGGCGGCUGGAAUACACCGGGAUUUGUCACAUCCUAUAUCGGCUUCCCGCUCUUCUUUGGCUUCUUCUUCUUUUGGAAAUUUCUCAAGAAGACGCGAUGGAUCCCAUCGGAAGACGCUGACCUGUUCAGUGGAAAGGCCGAACUUGAUGAAAUUGAAUGGCCAAUGAAGAAGCCUAGGAAUGUUUUGGAAUCGGUUUGGCUACGGUUCAUUUGA